CUUAAAAGUUUCAGAAGAUAGAUCUACUUCAAGCUUUAGAAAGCAUCUCACUUCUCAACAUAAAAAUAAAGUACCAGAGUUGGCAACAUCAAAUACAUCACGGGGUAUUACUAUUUUAGAUAUAUUAAACAAUAAU